ACGACAAACGUAGUUUAGUCUCCGAAAAUCUUAACGAGUUCUACGUCAAAAUACACUGUGCAAUAAACUCUGACCAAAUAAUGAUUUUUAAAGGAUAAAACAAAAACGUGCAAAAUCUUUCUGGACAACAGCCUUGAAAAUUUGAUAUAUUAGAUGUGGAACAGUGCCCAUCUGGACAUUUAAAGAUCAGAACAAAAGAUCUGGGAGCGAAGUCUAAACGCGAUCUUUGGUGCUUGGGACUUGCCGACUUUGUGAAGACUUGCCAACAUUGAAGAAACUCACUGGAAUUAGUAGAACUUGCCGGCAUUAGAGAAACUCACUCUCAACAUCUAGACUACGACAGAGAUACAGUUAAAGAAACCUUGAGAACUGAAGACUCAUCGUGUACAAUCAAACGGCUCGUUGAAAUACUGAACGAUCAACAUGUUUUUCUAUACACUUAAUGUAUUCAGUAUUAUACUAUUUGGAUUAGCAUCAGCUGCGAAACUUACUUUUCCUGCAACCAUUUGCAAACGAGAUUCAGUUGAUUAUUCCGCUUGUUUAAAACAAGCUUUAGAAGAAGCAUUUCCACGGUUUGUCAAAGGACUUCCAGAAUUUGACUUUCCACCACUAGAUCCAUUAGUUUACGAGUACGGCAAAGCCGUAUUUAAUUCAGGGGAAAUACGUGCAGAAGUUGUUUUGACAAAUAAUAUUGUAACCGGUCUGGCGAAGGUUCAAGUUCAUGACGUGAGAACACACUUUCUUGAUGACGUUUUCCGUUUAGAAAUUGACGCUAACGUACCGAAAAUAUUCCUAAAGGGUAACGUGAAAAUGAACGGUACUAUAGGUAUAUUCAAAAUUGUUAAUGAAGGUCCCUAUAAUUUGACUGCUGAUGAUGUCAUAGGAACAUGGGAUAUGACAGGACCUGUAGUAAAUGAUACAUUCAUUGUAAAACAUAUCCAUGUACUUCCAUCAGUUAAAAAACUUAAACUAUAUUUUGAUUUAUUCCAAGACAAUAAAGAGAUUAAUGAUGUUGCCGUAAGUUUUGUAAAUGAAUUUUGGCCACCAUUAUUUCGAGUAAUGUUACCAAUAACGUCUGAAGCAUGGGAUCCAUGGUUGACUAGUAUUGUUAAUAAGUUAUUCUCAAAAGUUUCCUUCUCAAAAGUAUUUCCAUAAAAUUCAUAUAUUUACUAAACAUUAAGAAAUAUAAACAGGUAAUAAAA